CAGUAGUCAGCUGAUUAAAGCAUAUGAUCCAGCAGGACGGAAAAAAACAUUUCACCCUUACCGUCUUUCGUUUGAGCAGACAUAAGCAAAAGGCAAAAUGCCCGGACGGGGGAAAUUAAUCGCCGUUAUAGGAGAUGAAGACACAUGUACCGGGUUCCUCCUCGGAGGGAUCGGAGAGCUGAACAAAAACCGGAAACCCAAUUUCUUGGUGGUGGAGAAGGAAACUAGCAUCACAGAAAUAGAGGAGACCUUCAAGAGCUUCCUGGCUCGCAGUGACAUCGGCAUCAUCCUCAUCAACCAGUUCAUUGCGGAGAUGAUUCGUCACGCCAUAGAUGCCCACAUGCAGUCGAUCCCAGCCGUUCUGGAGAUCCCUUCAAAAGAGCAUCCUUACGACGCCUCCAAAGACUCCAUCCUGCGGCGGGCCAAGGGCAUGUUUUCAGCAGAGGACUUCCGAUAAGCCCAUGCCCCCAUGGGCUCAGGUGCGAGAGCAGACAAGUUUUACUUCUUGACCUCAUCCGUCUUGCUGAAGCUGGAGCCCGUAUUAUAAAGAUUAAAUAGCGAUGUGUUGUUAAUGUGAUGUUCUGUGUUUUUUUUUUUUGCCAUUCCCGAGUUUGAAGAAGAGGAAAUUGUUCCCCAGUGCUCCUAAUAGUAAUUGUUAUAUAAUGAAAUAUAUUAUAUAUAAAAAGGAUAUGUAUUAUUUUAUCCCUUGUACAACAGACAUAUAUCACAAGAAAUUAUUACAUAGUGCUGUCUUAAUAUUUAAGUACUUUCAUCUCAGAGCUGACAAUAUUAGACUUCAAAGCCACUGUUCCCCAUUUAAAUUGGUUUGAAAUAACUUUAAAUGCUAAAUAGACAUUUUUGGAGCUCUGGUAUCUUUAACUGUAAUAUGAUGUGCUAUGAAUGCAUAUUUUGUCAUUGUAUCUGUGUCACUUUGAGCACCGCAAAGAGCUUUAUGCUACAUGAUGUGAUGUGAACGUGUUAACUUAUGUAUUCAGAACUGUGACUUACAGUUUAUUAAAAGAAGAUCGACACUCUC